AACAACUGCUACUUCCAUAAUAAAUGGACUAGAAGCAAGAAUAGUUGUUUAUGGUCUCUGGAGCAGUUGGUCAGCAUGGGUGCAAUGCAGUGUGACAUGUGGAGAUGGGAUACAGAAAAGAUCACGUGUUUGUCAAAAAUCUUCCCCAACUGAUGUUGACUGUGAUGGUUCAGAGGAGGUCACUAGAGCAUGCAACAAUGGCAGAUGUCCAGACUGUAGUAUGGUUUGUCCAGUAGGCCAACAACGAAAACAGGACUGCACAGCAUGUGAAUGUCCACUGGCAACAAGGCACAUUAAUGUGUACAAUACAAAACAUGUCCCUCUAGCUGGGGUUAGGGUAGCCUUAAAAGACCUAGAGUAUGAGACCCUUGGG